UCCCUCCCUCUCUGUGUAUCACACUCCACCUCACUCUGCCAUUCCCCCGCUGUGCACUUCUCAAACAAAUUACUCUCUAUCGCUAUCUCUGCAAGCGUGCCCUGUGGAGUCAGUUGUGUCCGCGUGUGGAAAAGUUGGAGCCGUGCCGUUUUAAAAUGAGGAAAGAGAGCAGGUGGAUUCGGUGGAUCAAGUGGAUUGUGAUUGUGACAGUUUUGUUCGUGCUGGCCUUCUGCAUAGGCUGGUUUGCAAAGCCUUCAAACACACAAAACCAAAAGGAUUCCAGCCAUUACCUGAAGGAUUUUUUGGAGGAAAUGAAGGCAGAUAAGAUCAGAGAACAUCUCAGGAAAUUUACACAACUUCCUCACCUGGCAGGCACAGAGCAGAACCUGAAGUAUGCGGAGCAGAUCAUGAAAGAGUGGCAGAUGUUUGGAAUAGACUCAGUGGAGAUGGUGCCGUAUGAUGUCCUCUUGUCCUAUCCCAAUGAGUCACAACCAAAUUACAUCUCAAUUGUUGAUCACCUUGGCAAUGAGGUUUUUAACACUUCCUUGGCUGAGCCGGUUCCACAGGGUUAUGAAGAUAUUUCCAACAUCGUACCUCCAUACAGUGCUUUUUCUGCCAAAGGACAGCCUGAGGGGGACCUGGUGUAUGUCAACUAUGGUCGCACAGAAGACUUUUCUCAGUUACAAAGGGAGAUGGGCAUCAAUGUGACAGGGAAGAUUGUCAUUGUCAGAUAUGGAAAAAUAUUCAGAGGCAAUAAGGUGAAGAACGCCAUGUUAGCCGGAGCAAAAGGGAUCAUUAUGUUCUCAGACCCAGCAGAUUACUGGGCUGAUGGAAUCCAGGCCUACCCCGACGGCUGGAACCUACCUGGCGGAGGAGCUCAGAGAGGAAAUGUUCUCAACCUGAAUGGAGCAGGAGACCCGCUCACACCAGGGUACCCUGCUAAAGAAUACACCUACAGAUUCAGCCCAGAGGAUGGAGUAGGACUUCCCAACAUCCCUGUGCAUCCAAUUGGCUUCCACGACGCUAUUCGUCUUCUGAAUAACAUGGGAGGAGAGAUUCCACCCAACAAUUGGAAGGGAGCUCUGAACGUCUCCUAUAGGAUUGGCCCAGGCUUUACAAAUGAAUUUAAGAGCCAGAAGGUGCGUAUGAACAUCCACACUAACAACCAGGUAACCAGAAUCUACAACGUCAUUGGAAAGAUUAGAGGAGCUCAGGAGCCAGACAGGUAUGUGAUUCUCGGAGGGCACCGCGAUGCCUGGGUGUUUGGAGGAAUCGAUCCCAUGUCUGGCGCAGCAGUGGUCCAUGAAACUGUCAGGAGUGCUGGCAGGCUGCUAAGUACAGGCUGGAGGCCAAGGAGGACUAUAAUAUUUGCCAGCUGGGAUGCAGAGGAGUUUGGACUGCUGGGAUCUACAGAAUGGGCAGAGGAUAAUGCCAGGCUUCUGCAGGAGAGAGCUGUGGCCUACAUCAAUGCAGACUCUGCAAUAGAGGGCAUGUACACUCUGAGGGUUGACUGCACUCCAUCACUGCAUACUUUGGUUUAUGACAUCACGAAGCAGAUACCCAGUCCAGAAGAAGGUGAAGAGGGAGUAUCUCUGUACAAGAGCUGGCAUAAGAGGGACAACUGGACAAAUGACCGUGAUGCACCCAGGAUCAGUAAACUUGGGUCAGGCAGUGAUUUCGAGGCCUAUUUUAUCCGUCUGGGAAUUGCUUCAGGCAGAGCUCGAUACACCAAGAACGCGAAAACAGAGCGCUACAGUAGCUAUCCAGUCUAUCACAGUGUGUAUGAAACCUUCGAGAUCGUGGAGAAGUUCUACGACCCCUCGUUUAAGAGGCUUCAGGCGGUGGCCCAGGUGAGAGGUGCACUCAUCUUCCUGUUGGCUGACUCCCAGCUGCUCCCUCUGGAUGUUAAUGAGUAUGCAGAUUCACUGAGGAAAUAUGCACAGAGCAUAGCACAGCUGGCCCAGAAGAACUUGAGGGAGAUGGAGACGUAUAAGGUGUCAUUUGAUUCUCUCUUUUCUGCAGUCGAGAACUUCACUGUUGCAGCCAGGGAUUUCCACGAGCGCCUUCAGACUCUCAACAAAGCGGAUCCUCUUCAGCUACGGAUCAUGAACGAUCAGCUUAUGUACUUGGAGAGAGCCUUUAUAGACCCUCUGGGCUUACCUGGCAGUUCUAUUUUCAGGCAUGUGAUUUUUGCUCCCAGCAGCCACAAUAAAUAUGCAGGGGAGUCUUUCCCUGGGAUCUAUGAUGCUUUAUUUGACAUUGAGAACUCAGCUGACCCAGCAAAGGCCUGGGAGGAAGUCAAGCGUCAGAUCAGCAUAGCAGCUUUCACUGUCCAAGCUGCUGCCAUGACCCUCACACCGCCUGCAUGAAGACAAUAUAAAAAUAUGUAAUUAACUUGACAAUUAUAAGAUCUCCAGUUUAACACACAUGAGAACCCAUGUUUAUCUGGAUGUUUUCCAGAACAUCUAGACCUGCAGAACAAUGUGAAAUGCUUCAUCAAAGCUUGAGAAAUCUUUAUACUUCUUCAGGUUUCUGUUUUAUGAUGUGGCUCCACAAAUAAAUCUGUUUUUUUUAAUGUUUUUUAAUAAUAUUUGUGGUUACAAGUCCACUCAACUCGGCACAUGUGGGCACAAAGAUCACUGAUUUUAGUUAUGCACGCAGAUUUUUUGACAAAUUUAGUCAAAUGAAAGGUACACAGCAAAGUUUAUUGCAUGAUAAAAUGAUCUCAUGUUGUGGAAACACUGUCAAACAUUUAUCAUAUGUUUAAAAUGCUGAGCUGUCAAAGUUAUGACAUACAAGGAAUGACAUUACGAGGCAAUGAAGCCCAGACAUUCGAACAACAGUUGUAAAAAAGAGAAAAGCUUAAGUGACAAUCAGGUGUUCCGGCUCCCAGGAAAAGUUACAGUGUAAAGGCAAAAAUAUGACAAUAAUUUCACAAAUAAUAAUCAAAAAUAAAAUCCAUACAGAUUUAUAGUAAUAAAUCUGAUACUGUGUUAACUGGAAACAACAUUGGUGUUCUUGCACUCAUCUUUUGUGACUUCUUUGUGUGAUUUUUGUAUAAGGACACUUAAAGAGAAUGCAUAGAAAUAACACACUGUAAAAAAGAAAAAGUUGAGAAAACUUAAAAUUUCAAGGCAACAUGAUGCAAGAGAUUUUUGAGUUUUCUCAACUCUUGCAACUGUAGUUGACUUAACUAAGAUUUACAAGUUCUGCCAACUUGGUUCUUCUUGUUCACCUAAUUAGGAUAAUCCUGGAAGUCUAACGAAGAAAUUCUGGUUUCAAUGCCAUGUUUUUCUGCCUUCACCAAACAAGGAUAUUCUUGUUGAGUAAUCAUACAAUUCUUACUCCAGUGAGUUGAAAAUGUACCUAUAUAA